UAAAUUAUUCAGAUGGCCAGCUCCCUGAACCUACUCUACACACAUACAGAUCCUCCUCUUUUGCCGGACUUCUACCAGUCAAAGCACGUUGUUUACUCUCUCCGCUCAUUCACCGAGUUCUCCAGAAGAAAAAGGAUGGUGUCCCCUGCCAUUGCUCUGGCCUUCCUCCCGCUCCUGUUGACGCUGCUCAUCCGCUACCGCUUUUACUUUGUGCUGUUCUACCGCGCGGUGCUGCUGAGGGUGUGGAGGGACUGCAGGACGGGCCUGAGCCGCGAGGAGCGGUGCUUCCAGUAUGUGUUGACCAAUGCCACCCCCGGUGACCCCGAGAGCAUCCUAGAUGGCUUCGACUCCUGGUGCACCAAGAAGGAGUUCAUCAGCCACAUAGGGCCCAAGAAAGGGAAGAUCUUGGACCGCCUGCUGUCGGAGCACAGCCCCCUGACAGUGCUGGAGUUGGGGGCUCACUGUGGCUAUAGCACGGUGCGCAUAGCACGGGCCCUCCCCCUGGGAGCCAGGCUCUUCAGCGUGGAAAUGGACCAGAAAAACGCUGCCAUUGCAGAGAAGGUCAUACGCCUAGCUGGAUUUGAUGAAGCUCUAGUUGAGUUAAUCGUCUGUCCGUCUGACGAGGUUAUCCCUCGACUGAGGGCGGAUUUCGACCUGGAAAAGUUGGACUUUGUCUUCAUGGACCACUGGAAGAAAUGCUAUCUACCUGAUCUGCAGAUGUUGGAGGGCUCUGGUCUGCUGGGGAAAGGGUCCAUGAUCCUGGCCGACAAUGUGCUCUUCCCCGGGGCUCCCAACUUCCUCCGCUACAUCCGCCGGUGUGGGCUCUAUGAGUGGAGGGUCCAUCGGGCCACGCUGGAGUACAGCAAGGGCAUCCGCGACGGCAUGGCAGAGCUUGUCUACCAAGGAACCAAGUAGAACCUGCAAACCAUGUCAUUGACAGACCUACCCCUGAGAAUAUACACCUCUAUGCUUGCUAGGCAACACCACCCUCUCCCCUUAUUUGGUUCAAGACAAUGUACUUGCCAUCUUAUCAGUCUAAAUGAGUUUUUUUUUUUUUUUUUACAAUACUCAGAAAACAUUUUUUUUUCAUGUGUAUUAUAGUAGCUAUAACUCAUGGUAUUAGUAUUUAGUUUGAAUUAACAAUAAUGAAGGCAGAAUCCAAUUUGAGUCUUUAUACAAAUGUAUAUUUAUUGCAAAGACGACGACUCAUAUAAAAGGCAGUCAUCAUCAAAAAGAUCAUGGCUGCGAUUUGUUUCUACCUAUUUUUAGAAACAUGUGAUAAGCAUCCUUUUUAGAUUUGUGUUCUACAGGAUAUCUUGGAUGUACUGUGGCCAUGCACCCCUGCUGGACAUUGACUCAAAUAAAGGCCUCAAUUAUUUAAGAUGCCCUUUUUUCAGGAAUCUCCAUUCCUAUGCAUGUUUACAAGUAAAUAACAAUUAUUGGGAGUAUUCACAGGCCACAGGAAAAUCCAGUGUCUAAGUCUGACAAUAACUUUCAAUUUACGGGACUAGAGUAAAAGGAGCAAGUUCUAAUCAAGUAUAAACUAUGAAAAUCCGCUUGGCACGACACGGAA